UCCCAGAAGAAGAGCGUCAGUGCGCAUGUGCAGCAGCAUCAGCGGAGGAGGACAACAUGGCGCUGGUUCCGUACACGGACUCUUCACCUGUUCUGUCCAAACUCCACCGCUCAUCCGCUCAGUUCAGCUUCGGCUCGCAUCGCGUCACUGUGUCUCAGGACUGGAGGAGACAUGGAGUCGCUGCUGUGGUGUGGGACGCGGCCGUGGUCCUGUGCGUGUACAUGGAGCAGAUGCAGCUGAAGGAGAAGCACGUGAUUGAACUGGGAGCCGGAACUGGACUCGUGGGGAUCGUCGCAGCUUUGAUGGGAGCCAAAGUGACCAUCACUGAUCGAGCCUCGGCGCUGGACCUCCUCUCCACUAACGUGAAGUCCAACCUGCCUCCGGACCGUGAGGGUUCAGCCACGGUGUCCGAACUGACCUGGGGUCAGAGCCUCGACCGUUACCCCGCCGGGGGAUUCGACCUGGUGCUGGGCGCGGACAUCGUUUACCUGGAGGACACGUUCGUGUCGCUGCUGCAGACGCUGGAGCACCUGUGCUCGGACUCCACCGUGGUGCUGCUGGCCUGCAAGAUCCGCUACGAGCGAGACACCAACUUCCUGAGCAUGUUCAGGGAGCGCUUCAGGGUGGAGGAGGUUCACUACGACCAAGAGAGAGACAUCCACAUAUACAAAGCCUGGAAGCUGCUGGAGCCCAGGACGGAUUUAUGAGAAAUAAAACAAGACAUUUUACCAGAAACACAUUUAUUACCAGCUGCCAAAAAUGUAAUAUUUGAAUAGCUCUGACAUAAAGCACUGUAUCAUACAAGUUGGUGCUGACAUUUAGAAACUGUGUGUACAAAAAUCCAAAAGCAACAUAAAAAAAAGCAUAUUACUGUCAUGACUAUACAUAAUACCUAAAAGAAUACUGUACGACUCUGUUAGCAUGAACACGUCCACUCUGCCUCUCACAGUCUUUGUGUUUUACAUUUGGUCGCACUUUGCAAUCCUGGAGCGGACGUUUGGUGAGAACUGAUAACCGAUCAAAUUCAAUAUGUGAAGAUAAUGAAUAACAAAACGUCCACAGACACUUAGUGAUGACAAACUGGUUCUCUGUGUAAAAUCCUAAAGAGGCUUCUCACCCGGCGGCGGCGAGAUGACGCAGUGUGAAAUGUGGUAGGAUUGUAUAAGCAAAGAAAGUGCGAAUGCCACUAAUCCUGUAAACGCAACCUUGACACCUCGUCUGUUGAUGUCACAACAAACAGGCGUCCUGGUUAUCAACAAUCGGUUUUACAGAAUUAUUUGAAGCGUUCCCAAACUAAAAAUUUAAAAACGGUAUUACAAGACUAAAAUACACAGACAUGCCAGUGAAGGGCUGCACG